AUGGAGAAGAAGCGACGUGCACGCAUUAACCUGUCUCUGGAGCAGCUGAAGUCACUGCUGGAGAAACACUACUCUCACCAGAUCCGGAAGCGCAAGUUGGAGAAGGCUGACAUCCUGGAGUUGAGCGUCAAGUACAUGAAAAGCCUUCAGAACUCAUUGCAAGGCCUCUGGCUGGUACCCAGCGGAGCCGAGUACACGUCGGGCUUCCACAGCUGCCUGCCCGGCAUGAGCCAGGUCCUUGGACGUGGAGAGGAGGGCAGCAGCGGCCUGCGCUGCCCCCUGGUGCCACAGAGUGCGAAUGGCAGCACCACGGACAGCGCCAGCCCCGGCCUGGAGGCGCCCAUGCGGUGCGGCCCCUGUGUCCCAGCCGCCUGGGCUCCUGCUGUAGUGUCCAGCGGCCUGCGGUCCCAACCACCCCGGCUCCUCUUCCCCGGAGGUCUCCCCAACUCGCCCUCCAACGUCCCAGCGCCGCUGCCAGCGUCGCGCCGCCGCGCCGAGAGCCCAGGGUCGGGACUGCGCGUGUGGCGGCCCUGGUGA